AUGGCAAUUUCAUUAAACAAAGGUGGCAACUUAUCUUUAAGCAAAACUGACCCAAGUUUAAACCAAUUCGUGGUGAACACGAUUUCAUUUUCUAUAACCAAACACGUUCACCUGAAGGUUCUGUUGAACAUACAGGUGAUAACCGUACAGGUGCGGGUGAUGGUGAUGAUGAAGCAGUUCGCAUUAAUCUCGCACAAGUACCUGCAGAUGUUCAAAAAAUUGCAAUUACAGUCACCAUUCAUGAAGGUGAAAGUCGCGGUCAAAAUUUUGGUCAAGUUCAAAAUGCAAACUGCCAUGAUUUUUGGUGAAUUAUAUCGCCACAAUGGUGAGUGGAAAUUUAGAGCUGUAGGACAAGGUUAUGCUGGCGGUUUAAGCGCAAUGUGUCAACAGUUCGGAAUAAGCAUCUAA